AUGACACCAAAGGACGCCCUCUUCAUGACGCUUGUCUUCCUGAAGCACUACCAGACAUGGGAGAAGCAUGCUGUCGACUUUAGCCUAAAUGCACAGAUAUUGGAGAAGAUAAUCAUCCGUCUUAUCAACUUCGUCUCUCCUGCUCUCUACGAGGCCUUCGUCACUAUGCCCUCCAUGAAAACUCUGCAGGACCAAGGCUACACCUUCGCUCACUACCUAUACGCAAAUGGGAAACACAACCUGUACGGUCUCAAGAUCGCAGCGUCAGCCGACUUGAUGAUCUUCCGCAACCGUCACGACAUCUACGCCGUGCACUGA